AACCAAGGUGCCUGUCCCCAGCCGAGAGGCCGAGCCGCUCCUGAGGGAAAACCCCCGCCGCUUUGUGGUCUUCCCCAUCCAGUACCACGACAUCUGGCAGAUGUAUAAGAAGGCGGAGGCCUCCUUUUGGACAGCCGAGGAGGUGGACCUCUCCAAGGACAUCCAGCACUGGGAAACCCUGAAGGAAGAGGAGCGGUACUUUAUCUCCCACGUCUUGGCUUUCUUUGCAGCCAGUGAUGGCAUCGUCAAUGAAAACUUGGUGGAGCGCUUUAGCCAAGAAGUGCAGAUUACUGAAGCCCGCUGUUUCUACGGCUUCCAGAUCGCCAUGGAAAACAUCCAUUCCGAAAUGUACAGCCUCCUCAUUGACACCUACAUUAAAGAUUCCAAACAAAGGGAGUUCCUUUUCAACGCCAUCGAGACAAUGCCUUGUGUGAAGAAGAAGGCAGACUGGGCCUUGCGGUGGAUUGGCGACAAAGAGGCCACCUAUGGAGAGCGGGUGGUGGCCUUCGCGGCAGUGGAAGGAAUCUUCUUCUCUGGUUCUUUUGCGUCCAUUUUCUGGCUCAAGAAACGCGGGUUGAUGCCUGGCCUCACAUUUUCCAAUGAACUUAUUAGCAGAGAUGAGGGCUUGCAUUGUGACUUUGCCUGCCUGAUGUUCAAGCAUCUGGUGCACAAGCCUUCGGAGCACAGGGUGAAAGAAAUCAUCACCAACGCCGUGAGGAUAGAGCAGGAGUUCCUCACCGAGGCCCUGCCGGUGAACCUCAUCGGCAUGAACUGCAUCUUAAUGAAGCAGUACAUCGAGUUCGUGGCUGACAGGCUGAUGCUGGAGCUGGGCUUUAGCAAGAUUUUCAGAGUAGAAAAUCCAUUUGACUUUAUGGAGAAUAUUUCACUGGAAGGAAAAACCAACUUCUUCGAAAAGAGGGUAGGCGAGUAUCAGAGGAUGGGCGUGAUGUCAAGUUCAACAGAGAAUUCUUUCACCCUUGAUGCUGACUUCUGAUGACCUGCAGGUGUGUCCAUACUGACUUUAUCCAAAAAAAAAAAAAAA